AUGGACAUCGCCAUCCAGCAUCCUUGGUUCCGCCGCUCCUUCUGGCCAUCCUUCUUUCCCAGCCGGGUCUUUGAUCAACAUUUUGGGGAACAUUUGUCAGAGAGUGAUGUGCUGGCACCCUAUCCUUCGCUAUACUUUCCGCGCCCUUCCUUCUUUCGCUGGCCCAGCUGGGUGGACAGUGGUCUCUCUGAGAUGAAAAUGGAAAAGGACCGUUUUACCAUCAAUUUGGAUGUAAAGCACUUCUCACCUGAGGAACUGACAGUAAAGGUUUGCGGAGAUUACAUUGAAGUUCAUGCCAAACAUGAGGAUCGCCAGGAUGACCAUGGGUUUGUCUCACGAGAGUUCCUCCGAAAAUACCGUGUCCCGUCUGGAGUGGACCCAGCCAGCAUCACGUCAUCUCUCUCUUCCGAUGGCGUCCUGACCGUCAUAGCACCUCGCAAGCCUUCUGAUGCCCCCGAGCGCUCUAUUACCAUCACUCGCGAAGAAAAGUCUGCCCCACAGAAGAAGUAAAGCUGCAACAUGUUAUCAAGUCUGGCAUCCCUGUGUUUCCCUGCUGAUCCACUGUGCUCCCCUGCAGUUACACUCCACUGUUGGGUCUGAUCAGGCACUGGAGAGAAAGAGUCAAAAUUGACCUAUGGCUUUUCCAUCCAGAAGUUAAAUAUAUAUUUGUCUAAUUGGCUGGUACAUCUAGACCAUUCACACCACUGGAAUUUUAUUUGCACCAUGUGGCUGCUAGUCAUAGAAGACCAACCAAACAAAAGGGCUGUUUGUCUUUCAAAGCUGGUCAAACCCAAACAAUGGCUGCACAGAGUUUGUGUGUGUAGGAAGUCUGAGCUAUUGCGCUACUGAGCAUUUGUUUUGAUGAAAACAAGAGAGCGUAGCAUGAUAGAAUUUCUAAACCUAUAAUCAAGUAUCUCAAAGUAGUGCAUGGUUUUGAUAUUCUCAUGUUUCAAAUGCAUAGAAUGAGAGGUUCUGUGGUAUGAAAAAGGAAGUUUAUUCAGUGAUUUGUUGUUUUCUUUUCACAAUGAACUUGGGACCAGAAAAUACAACAAGAUCAGGUGCAGGUAGUGAGGAAAGAGGAAAUGCUGUUGUAAAGAACAUGUCCUCUUUCUGUUCCUUAAUGUUUGUUGCUCCAGACAGGUUUGUUUACUGCUCCUGUACGACAUGUGGUGACUGGAAACUAGUGAUGGGGGUUUCGAACGCAUGGUGACUAAAUCAAAGAGAGUUGAUGAGAUUCUAAAGGAAGGUGUAUAUUCACUGUGAAAGUGGGUGUGUAGGUAUAAAUGUUUGGGAUGGAGCAUGAUGGUGUGUGAGUAUAACCUAACGAUUUCAAGUGUUCUUUUGUUUUUACCACAGCGAUGCCUCACAAACGCAACACUGACAAAGCUGCUGAACUGUAACUGAUUCAUUCAUCUUGUGACAAUGCAUGCUGCAAAGAAGAAAGAAAAAAAAUAAUAACAGGUUUUCAUACAGCUAAUUCCUUACAUGUUCCCUGUGUUCACCAUUGCAUACUAAAUACCGAAGAGCAGAACAGAUGUGGAGGAGCACACAAGUCAGCGUUUGAGUCAGGCCUUUUUACACUGGUCUGGUCCCAGCAUUUUCUUUCAGAUUAAACAAAUCACUAAACUGGACGCAGAUGAGUGAAAAAGGCCUACUUCCUAUUGUUUUGUUAGUUCCCUGCUUUAACAUUCCUGACUAUGCAUACCACACCAGCAAACAAAAUGUAGCCAAAACACUCUCUGUGUGUAUUCUCAUGGCUACGAAUUAUUAAUAAAUCCUGUGGUCAUUUAAAGAUUAAA